AUGGCUUUGGCUGACCCACAACUCGGAAUAUCUAAUGGCGCAGAAUCUGCGUCUCCAUUUUCUGAAAUUAUUGAACUAAAUGUCGGAGGACAAGUGUACGUGACCCGUCAUACAACUUUAAUCGCUGUCCCGGAUUCUCUUCUUUGGAGCAUGUUUACUAAGAAAACGCCAAGAGAGCUGGCACGAGACAGCAAAGGGCGCUACUUCUUGGACAGGGAUGGUUUUCUGUUCCGCUAUAUUUUAGAUUACCUGCGGGACCUUAACCUGGUAUUGCCAGACUAUUUUCCCGAGAAGAGCAGACUUCAAAGAGAGGCAGAAUUUUUCCAGUUGCGCGACUUGUGCAAGCGUUUGAGCCCGAAAAUGAGUAAAGACAACUCCAUUAAUGAUGAGAUCUGCCCGAGCGACUCAGAGGAUACAGCGCUCCAGAGCGCGAUGGGGAGUUCAUCUGUCUGUAUGGACACCUCGCGCGCACUUUCUGCGGUUAGCACUGCCCACUCCCCGUCUCUAGAAUCUAAAAAAUCGGGGUACAUUACCAUUGGAUACAGAGGGUCAUACACCAUUGGCAGAGAUAUUCAAACCGAUGCAAAAUUUAGGCGUGUAGCACGGAUCACUGUAUGUGGGAAGACUUCCCUUGCCAAAGAGGUGUUCGGAGACACGUUGAACGAGAGCAGAGAUCCAGACAGACCUCCAGAGAGGUAUACGUCCCGGUAUUACCUCAAAUUUAAUUUUCUUGAGCAGGCAUUUGACAAGCUAACCGAAUUUGGCUUCCGUAUGGUCGCCUGUAGCUCCACCGGCACGUGUGCUUAUUCCAGCAAUGAUCCAAACGAAGACAAAGUGUGGACAAGCUACACAGAAUAUGUGUUCUGUCGAGAAUGA